CGUAACGUCAGUUCGAGGAGCAGGUUUCUCUGGUAAGCAUGAUGGGCAUGUGCUGUUUGCGGUCACGCUGCAUGAUUGAGAUUGUGGGAAAUUGGCAUGUACAGCGCGUGCGGUGAGGGAGGGGAGUCGCGUUUGUUUAUGCUUUCAUUCCACAGCAAAACCCAAACCACUACUACUACAACACUCUCCCGCACACCAGAUCACGAAGUCCACCAUCACCAUCACCACACUUAUCAAUCAAACAUCACACAACCGCAAACAUGGGUGCCGUAGUCUCUUGCAUCAAGUCCAUCUUCCGCACGAUCGGCAACUGCAUCAUGGCCAUUGUUAACGCCAUUGCCGCCGGAUUGAAGGCCAUCAUCAACGCCAUUGUCUCCCUGUUCGGCAUCAUCAUCUCCUGCCUGACUUGCGGCCGCGGCGGUGGUAGACGCGCUCGUACUUCGCACCACACGAGUAGAGUCUAAACGGCUUCCCGUCUUGUUUCUGCACUGACACGUUGUGUCAGCCAGGAAAGUGAGGCGGGAGUUGGGCGUCUGAGGAAGCGGAGCUACUAGCGAAGCAAACCACGCCAACAUCACGACUGCUAUUGGAGAGGCGCUGUAAUGCAUGAGCAUACUGGAGUUUUCUUUUGUACGAUAUGGAGAUGCGCCGGAUACCCGAUGAGGAGUGCAAGCAUUCUUGAUCACGAGUGGCGCAUAGAUACCCCAGCUUUUCGAUGAAUCGAUUCUAAUUACGAGUAAAACUACUUUUGAUGUGACUCUCGACGCUUCCUUCACGGAUAUUUUUACUAA